AAACACAAUUUCCACCACCUAUUCUGCAUCAUGGCAUUCCGACAACAACACCGGCCCCAGUCUUCAAGACAGCUUUCCUACCAUGAACCACCACCUACAGAAACUGGCCAGGCCUCGUCGCCGCAACUCAAACGCCCUCUAGAGGAAUCCGAGGAAUGGAUUCUCUUUUCGCCAGCAGCUCCAUCUACAACCGCGCGCACGCAUACCACCUCCACCGAGCGAACGCCUCGCACCACUGGCUUAUCGCGCUUCAGUGACUUUGGAUCUCUUGAUACAGCCGCACGAUCGGAACAGGAUGACGACGUCGGAACAUGGAAUGGUACAGAAGAGGGCGAGGACUUGGACAGUCUAGAUGAUGGCCUUUAUGCCUUCCACGAGCCGUCAGAGCACACUGGGCCGGCUGCGGGCAAAUUGCAGCAAAGCGGCGACACCGUAUUACCCACUCACGAUGGACUUGGCACUUUCCAGCCCAACGCGAACGUACAGGAACACAUGUGGCAAUUCGAGAGGUCCGCGCCGCGAAGACGACAAGCCAGAAGAAGGUCUAGUGUGCAACGGCGCUUUGAUGCGCUGGAAGAGACGGAAGAGCUGAGUCAAGAACAGGAACGACGUCAGAGAAUAGAGAAAUGGCGGAUGGAUCAAAGUAAAGCCCUGAUUGAGGAGAUAGAAAGAGAGACUAGAAGAAGACGGAGGAUGAGUAUGGUCAGCGGAAGUCGCGCGGAUAGCGCCAAUGGAGAAGUCGCGAGAUCCAUAUCGCAAGCUGCAAGAUCCCGCUCAGACGCUCACAGCGAUACUUCGGACGAAAGUGCAGAAGGUUUGUCGUUUUGGCAGCGCUUGACUAGAAGGGUGAUUAGGGACCUGAUGGGGAUUGACGAAGAAACACUCGCUGUUAUCUUCGGCGAAUGCUUACCAGAAGAAGCAAUGUCUUCGCCCCUGGACCCUUCUGAGAUACGCCCGUCAAUAGACGCUACGUUACGAGCAUUCGAUGAACAGUCAAUUCCCCAAGAUGCGUGGCAACACAAACUCUUGGAACGCGUUGCCCGCGAGCUUGGCAUCAUCGUCCACCAACUCUCCGAACAUCCAGGCGCUUUCUCCACGUAUAGACUCACCCAAGAAACCCCUGCCUACGCCGGCCUUUCCACAACACAAUCGACAUCAUCAAUCUCUUCCGACCGCAAUCCCACCCCCCUCGCCACCUCCAACCCAUCGAUCACCUCUCCACCCUCGGCUCAUUUCGCGCCUACCUUCCCCGCUCACCAAUCAUCAGCUACAUAUAGCGAAGCCUCGCUCUGGGGCAUAGAAGAAGAACCCGAGCUUAUCGAUCCCUUAUCGUCUUUCCGCAACCCGAAACCCCCUGCACCCGUGAAUCUAGCUGAGGAAGCGGCACGUGACCAGGAAUACUGGGAGCAGGAACUCGAUGUGAAAAUGAUCUUCCAAUUCCUCGUCAAGCGUUUCUCCUCACGUCGGCCCAGCACCUCAUCAUCAUCGUCGCCAGCGGCGUCGCAGUCACGGCGCGGUCCAUCACAUCAGCAGACUGGAAUGGACGCCUCGUCCGCUCUCAACGAGUACUCAUCCGCCCGCAGAGCAGCGAUCAUCCGCCAGCACCACCCCCUUGUCAACAACAGCCGCGUCAAAGAAAACAGUCUCCCAACUAGCUCCACCGCCACCCACAAACAGCGGCACGACGUUUCCCCACCUCCUGUGUUCAAGACUCAUUACUCGCCACCUAGCAAUCGCCGCGGGCAGGUGUUAAGGAGUAGUUCGAGUUGCGCUAGUCAAAGCACACGGAAGAGUAAGAGAAGUGGUGGUGGGAGCGCAGCAAGAACCGGGACUGGAGGGAGGAAUUACUGGGACAUGAGUGGGAGUGUGGGGAGUGGAAGUGUUAUUGCUAGCGAGGUGUGA